AUGACUGAAGAAAAACAGAUAGAAUAUCCAAAAUAUGGACCACGCGAAAAGUUUGUUCAUCCACCAAACAAAGAUGGUAUUGCACAGUAUAAUUACGCUAAUCCAUUAUUUUCUUACAUUGGAGAUUGGAAAAAUGGAAAGAAAGACGGCCACGGAAAGUUUUUCAUCGGGAAGAAUAGCUACUAUGAAGGCGACUUCCGUGAUGGUGAAAUGACAGGAAAUGGAAAAAGAGUUUUUCCAAAUGGAUCAGUUUACGAGGGAGAAUUCAUUAGAGGCGAGUUUUGCGGCAAAGGAAAAUAUACAGAUGCAGCUUCUGGCGAAGUUUAUGUUGGAGAUUGGAAGGAUAAUAAAAGAACAGGAGAAGGCGUAUUAACAUUACCAAAUGGAACAGAAUAUAGCGGACAUUUCGAGCGCCAUAAGCGUAAUGGAUUCGGAAAAUAUACAAAUUCUAACGGAGAAAAGUACGAAGGCGAAUGGGUUGAUAAUAGAAUUGAAGGAAAGGGCAAAAUGGUGUAUGCAAACGGCGAUGUUUACGAAGGUGACUUUGUUAAUGGCUUAAAACAAGGUCAAGGCACUAUGAUUUGGGCUUCAAGUGGUUUAUCAGUUAUUGGCGAAUGGAAAGAUGAUAAAUGCUUGUAUAAUCCAACAGGACUUACAAUAUCAGAAUUACCACCAUUUACUCCAGGAACUAUCCUUCAAAAUAUUACAAUCAAUAUUACAGGCGGUGAUGGAGAAAGUGGAAGAGUAUUGAGCUUCAUGAUCGAAAUAGGCAGAAUAGAUCCAAACGCACCACAGAAAAAGCAACCAAAACCUAAAAAGAAUGAAACAAUUUCUACAGAGCCAAAAUACUUCGUUAUUGAUCCAAAUACAGGAGAAACAACAAUGAAUAUUACUACUGAAAAAGGAAUUGCUACAAUUCCGCCACUUACAAUCCCUCAAGAUGCAGAACAAUCAACUUACACUUUGAUCGUUAACGAUAUGAGCGAAAAGGAUCCUCUUCCACAAGCCAUUGCAGACUUCAACUUUGUACCUCCAGCUGCUGCUGUUUCUGAGAAAACAUCAGCUAAAGGAAAGGCUCCAGCCAAGAAAUCAGUUCCUGCAAAAUCAAACGCAAGAGGAAGGAAAUAG